CUGUAGAUGCCUUGCAGUUUUCUUGUUACUCAGAGAAAUGUAGACAUUUUGAACUAGAAUUGCAGAAAUUCCUCUUGUUUGCAAAGAGUAGAAAUUAGAUCUUACCCGAUGGAUAAAUGUAUCUCUUCUUUUCUCGGGGAUUUGAGAUGAAGAAGAGAUGCAGAGGUGUGUCUUGUGGAGUGAAGAGAAAGAGAAAAGUGGAGAGAGGAAGAGGACCCUCGCUCGGGAACCCCCACGGAAUACUUACUGAUGGCCUCCCACGCUCUUCUCUACCCUCUUUCUCUCUCUCUCUCUCUCUCUCUCUGUCUACUCCAUACUACAGCAACAUCAUCAUCAUCAUCAUCUUCCUCUUCUUAAUAUUUCACCCCCACGCCAGUCGUCCCUCUCCACAAAUGGCAUCCCACCAGUCCCGACGGUUUCCCCUAAUGAUCCUGAUCUCAUCUCCAGACUCUUUCCCCGCUUCCGUCUUCCCCAUUGGCGGGGUUGGCUGUUUCUAGUCUUCUACCAUGUCUUCAUUCCCGAUCCCCAUUGCCAUUGCGGCUUCUCUUCCCCGUCUGUCUCCCCAUCCUUCGGGAACCUCGUCGGGUCGUCAUCGCUCGGUUCUCUACUCUUUGACCACAUCAAAAAGGUCCCCUGGUCCCGACUGCAGCUGGCACCAUGGUCCCGUGGUUUACUCUACUACUCCUCCC